AUGGCCCCGAAGAGCAAUGUAGCGCAGAAGACUACGAAGAGAAACUCGAUAGCCCCUGGAUCUAACAAGAAGAUGCUCAAAAGACCCGACUCUGUCCAAAAGACCACACCAAGAGCGAUUACAGCCAAGAAAGAGAUGCUCAAGCUUGCUGUCGAGCCGGAUGGUCAGACGACUGUUGACGUGUUCCAUGAGAGAAGCUUGGCAUCAGCCAAGGCAAUCAAGGCGCCCAAAGGUAGUUGCUUCACUCAUACCCUCAGGUUGCAAGCAGCGGACCCAUUCGCUCUGUACAAGACAAUCGUCAUCGAAGACGGACCAUACAAGAAUUGCCAAGCGAUCUUGGUUCAGACAUCAUGCCAAUUUCCAUUCAUGAAGCUUCCCGAAGAAGCACGAAUCAUGGUGUAUCGUCAUUAUUUCCAGCCAUCGGACGAAGGCAUCGUGAUCGAAGCGAGGCGCAGAUGCAAUCAGGAGGUCUAUGCCAAGAAGUAUGCAGCAGGCAGCAAGAAUCGAGCAGCACUCCUAGCAGUCAACAAGGCUGUCUCGCAGGUGGCCGUUCAGGUUCUUUACGAGCAGUCAAUCAAAUUCGAAACAACACAAUACCUCCUGGAAUUCCUUUCACAAGUCCAACCUUCCGUCAAGUGCAGGCUGCGCCACAUCAAGAUCAAGCAGUAUCAGAAAAAUAAUGCCAGAACUGCCCUCAAUCUAUUAGUCGAGGCAGAACGUAUCGAGAGCGUCACGAUCGAAAGCGGGAUUGCCAGUGAUGGGGAUGUCAAGAGAGCUGCCAAGACCUUCCACAUGGACACCUUCAAGUUCCUUGAAGCCAUGGCCGCUCGCCACGGCAAGAAGGAAGCCGAUCUUAACGGUGUGUUCAAGUUGGGCAAGAUUGCGCUCGCCAUCAAAGACGGCGGCAAACUUUUUCAAUGGUCACCGGAUAAAGUCAGGGAGUUCGAAGUCGCCGUGAUUGCCAAAAUGAAGUGA